CUAAAAAAUUGUUCAAUGACCGUGUUUCAUAGUGAAAGAAUUUGCCUGAAAGGCUCUUGGAGUCUUCUGUGUAUGUCCUCUUCGAGAAGAACUGACAUGGAGGGAAUACCCCCAUUUCUUCAGUCUAAAAUGUUUUGGGAUGAUUCAACUAAUUCAUCAGAAAGUGAAAAUGAGGCUCAGUCAGCCUUUUCACAGACUGAGCACAAUAUAGUUGCAGCUUAUUUAAUAACAGCAGGGGUGAUAAGCAUUCUCAGUAACAUAAUCGUGUUAGGCAUCUUUGUUAAGUACAAGGAACUUCGGACAGCAACAAAUGCAAUUAUUAUUAACCUGGCAUUUACUGACAUUGGGGUUAGUGGCAUUGGUUAUCCGAUGUCUGCUGCUUCAGACCUACAUGGAAGCUGGAAAUUUGGAUACAAUGGAUGCCAGAUCUAUGCAGCCUUAAAUAUCUUCUUCGGAAUGGCAAGUAUCGGGCUGCUUACAGUUGUUGCUAUUGAUCGUUACCUGACAAUCUGCAGGCCUGAUAUAGGAAGAAGAAUGACUACCCGCAAUUAUACUUCCCUGAUCCUAGCUGCUUGGAUAAAUGCUGUCUUUUGGGCCUUGAUGCCUGUUGUAGGUUGGGCUAGUUAUGCCCCAGAUCCAACAGGAGCCACUUGUACAAUAAACUGGCGAAAAAAUGAUGCGUCCUUUGUUUCUUAUACAAUGACCGUAAUUGCUGUUAAUUUUGUUGUGCCCUUAACAGUCAUGUUUUACUGUUACUACAAUGUUUCCAGAACUAUGAAACAGUACACUACCAGUAACUGUCUAGAGAGCAUCAACAUAGAUUGGUCUGAUCAAGUAGAUGUAACAAAGAUGUCUGUUGUGAUGAUUGUGAUGUUUUUGGUGGCUUGGUCUCCAUAUUCCAUUGUAUGCUUAUGGUCUUCCUUUGGGGACCCAAAGAAAAUUUCUCCUGCAAUGGCCAUCAUAGCACCUCUUUUUGCAAAAUCGUCCACAUUCUAUAACCCCUGUAUCUACGUCAUUGCAAACAAAAAGUUCCGGAGGGCAAUCCUGGCAAUGGUUCGAUGUCAAACUCGGCAGGAGAUAACUAUUAAUAAUGCCUUGCCAAUGAGCGUCUCUCAAAGCACACUGACGUAACAAGGCUGCUUGAAAGCACUGCUGCUUUAUUUACCCUACAGCAUAUGUUUUGUACACAAAAUGGAAAUAAGUGGUCACACCUAGGCCACAAUUGCAUUUGUAUCACAUUGUAAUAAUAACCCACUCCAAUGUGCCAAUUGUUUUUCUUUUUGUCUGAAUAAUAUUUAAUUCAUUUUUUUUUAAAUGCCAAGGUUUUACUUCUGCAGAUCAGGCCAAUUGGCAUAUAUGCUUUUCCCUCUCAAAAGAUGAUAGUGAAUGCUCAGUGUAUUUCAUAACUCUUGGAUAGUGGAAUAAAAUGGUGUGAGAGGCAGAAUAAAGCAAGAUCUGCUUGAUUGUGCUACAGGAACAGAAAUAAAUGUUGUGUAUGCCUAAUUCAAAUAUGGUAUGUGUAAUUUCCCCCACUGAACUCUAAACCCUUUCCAAAAAUUUCAGGCACAGUAUUCUCCUGCAUUCCCCAUUGUGUUUUAAAUGCACACAUUGAUCUGACCUGAAAAGGUUAUUCUUAUGGCUAAGUCUACACUGGUACUUUACAGCACUAACUUUGUGGCUCAUGGGUGUGAAAAAACCCUUUCCCCCUUCCCAAGUGCAGCAAUUUACAGUGCUGUAAAGUGCCAGCAGUGAACUAGGCUACAGCACUGGGAGCCACACCCACCGGUGAUGUUAGCUACUCUGCUCCUGGAGGUGGUUUACAUCAAGCACUGGGAGAUCUUGCUCCUAGCCCCAGUGCAAGUGCUGUGGUCACACUUUCAGUUAAAAGCGCUGCCACAGCUGCACUUUAAAUUUUUAAGUGUAGAUGAACCCUAUGAGUACUGUAGUGUGCAGGAAUACUGAACUAAGCCUUAGGGAAUCCAGCAUUGCCAACUCUCUUUAUUAUUAGUUUUGUGAUACUUGUUGUUUUUCUGGGUUCUUGGAGUCAACUUAUUAUGUGAGAAUCUCAGCUUUCACUGUUAAAAAUAGCAAGAUUCUAACCUUUGUGACUGCAGAGAAAAUCUUGAAAAUGUGACCUAAGCUCACGUUAAAGGUUCAAACCAGAAGGCAAGUAUUUUAAGAUAAUCUCAUGAUUUUUGAGGCCUGAUUCAUGAUUUUCUUUAAUUUUCAUUUUGGGAAUCAGUUUGUUCAGGGCUGAAGGGAUGAAUAUCUUUUUGAAGAUUCAGUUCUAAGUGGUAGUUAACUUCAUCAUAGUAUUUCUGAGGUUUGGAGAAUAAAUAUCUUGUCUACUAGUAAUACAAAAUAUGAACAACACUCAGACAGAUCUCAGUUACAACUGUUUCAUUUAACUAAAUCUACGUAAUUUAUUGAAUUCAUGUCCUGUUACCUAGUGCCUGUGUCUUUUUUUUAAGUGAUACAGACCCUUUUUAGAAUACUGGAUGUUGAACUCUUCAUCUGGUAUUGGCAAUAAAAUAGAAUUUUAUUUCCGAAAUAAAUAUAUUUAUUUCUGAGAUCCUGUAAUCGGUUCUAAAAAGCAAACAUCCACUGUCUCAAGGAAGAAUAAAGAGCACACAUUUUAAAGCACAGUCUAAGAGGAUUUCAGUUCACAUAUUUUUGGUACUAUCAGUUGAUAAUCAGUAGAUGGCACCAACAAUUAGUUUAUUUCUUUGACUGCUUUAUUAAUAUUUAAGUUUUAUAUGAAGUCAUCUAUAUUCUGUUCAGUGUGCAACUAUUAUUUAAAUAUAUUUAAUCCUUUUGGUAAAGCCUGAAAAAUAUUUUAAA